GGCCGACACGGUGGCGCUGUAGCUGCCGGAAGCAGUUCCGCAGUGGCUGCCGGGAUCGUGGUGAUGUGGCCCCCCCGCUUCCCCCCUCCCCGCCCCGGGAUGUCGGAAGAAACCAGGCAGAGCAAAUUGGCUGCGGCCAAGAAAAAGUUAAGAGAAUAUCAGCAAAAGAACAGUCCUGGCAUUCCUGCAGGAGGGAAGAAGAAGAAAAAGAUUAGAACUGGUGAUAGCCCCGGGAGAACCACUGCAGAUGAUUGUCAGGCACCUGAGGAUAUUCAGGACAUCCUGAAGGUGCUGGUGUCCGACCUUAACCAUUCCAAUGGGGUAGCGCUCCCCCCAUUGGACAAGAGGAAGGCACCCCAAAACUGUGCUGCUCCCACAUCACCAACUGCAGAUGAUACUAUGUUUCUUGGUGUUGUCCCUCCCCCUGAUGCUGAUCUCCCUGGCAAGGCAUCACCUCAGAACCAUGAUGCUGAUAGUUGCUCUAAUCUCAUGGAAGAGACCAAGACUUUCUCAUCAACUGAGAGCCUGCGACAACUCUCUCAACAGCUCAAUGGUCUUGUGUCUGAGUCUACAUCCUACAUCAACGGGGAGGGCCUCACAUCUUCUAACAUGAAGGAUCUUGAGAGCCGGUACCAAGAGCUAGCAGUAGCCCUGGACUCCAGCUAUGUAACAAACAAACAACUCAGUAACACGAUAGAGGAAUUGAAACAACAGAACCAAGAGGCUCUGGAUCAACUGGAAAAAGAAAAGAAGGAAUAUGAGCAGAAGUUGGCAAAGGAGCAAGGAGCUCUGAGGGAACAACUGCAGGUUCAUAUUCAGACCAUAGGCAUUCUGGUGUCUGAGAAGGCAGAAUUACAGACAGCCCUGGGCCACACUCAGCAAGCAGCGAAGCAGAAAGCAGGAGAAUCUGAAGAUCUGGCCAGCCGCCUGCAGUCUUCCCGGCAGCGAGUGGGAGAGCUGGAGAGAACUCUGUCUGCUGUCUCCACACAGCAGAAACAGGCGGACAGGUAUAACAAGGACCUUACCAAAGAGCGAGAUGCCCUCAAGCUGGAGCUGUAUAAGAACAACAAAAAUACUGAGGACCUGAAGCAGCAGAACUCAGAACUGGAAGAGAAACUUCGAGUCCUAGUAGCAGAGAAGGCAGCUGCACAGUGUGGAGUGGAGGAGCUGCAGAAGAAGUUGGAGAUGUCUGAGCUGCUGCUGCAACAGUUUUCUAGCCAGGCUGAGGCCCCUGAUAGUAACCAGCAGUUACAGCAGGCCAUGGAGGAGCGGGCACAGCUGGAGGUACAUGUGAACCAGCUGAUGGAGUCACUGAAACAGCUACAGAUGGAAAGAGACCAGUAUGCGGAGAACCUGAGAGGAGAGAGCACCAUGUGGCAGCAGAAAAUGCAGCAAAUGGCAGAGCAGGUGCGUACACUGAGGGAGGAGAAGGAGCAUAGCCAGAAUCAGGUGCAGGAGCUGGAGACCAGCUUGGCUGAAUUGAGGAGCCAGAUGGAGGAGCCAUCGUCUGCAGAACCCCCGGCAGGGCCUUCUGAGGCAGAGCAGCGGCUGCAGGCAGAAGCAGAGGGGUUGCAAAGGGAGCUGGAGCUUGUGGCAGGACAGCUGCACGCCCAGGUGCGGGACAACGAGAGCCUGAGCCGCCUGAACCGGGAGCAGGAGGAGCGGCUGCUGGAGCUGGAGCGGGCAGCAGAGCGCUGGAGUGAGCAGGACGAGGAACGCAAGCAGAUCCUGGAGAGCAUGCAGAGUGACCGCACCACCAUCAGCCGUGCCCUGUCGCAGAACCGCGAGCUCAAAGAACAGCUGGCAGAGCUGCAGAAUGGCUUCGUUAGGCUGACCAACGAGAACAUGGAGAUGACCAGUGCAUUGCAGUCAGAGCAGCAUGUCAAGAAGGAACUAGCCAAGAAGCUAGGCCAGCUGCAGGAGAAGUUGGGAGAGCUGAAGGAGACGGUAGAGCUCAAGAGCCAAGAGGCCCAGAGUCUGCAGGAGCAGCGAGACCAGUACCUGGCCCACCUGCAGCAGUACGCGGCAGCCUAUCAGCAGUGCACGGCCACCUGUGAGCAGCUGACCUCUGAGAAGGAGGCUCUGCACAAGCAGUUUCUGCAGCAGACCCAGCUCAUGGACCAGCUGCAGCAUGAGGAGGUGCAGGGAAAGAUGGCGGCUGAGAUAGCCCGCCAGGAGCUUAAGGAGGCCCAGGAGCGCCUGAAAGCCACUAGCCAAGAGAACCAGCAGCUACAGGCUCAGCUGAGCCUUCUGGCUCUCCCUGGAGAAGUAGGAGAAGAAGUGGACAAGGAGGAACAGGAAGAGGAGUCACCCCAGCCCCAUCUGACCAUCCCACAAGACCUGGACAGCCAAGAGGCCAUGGUGGCAUUCUUGAAGACCGCUUUAGCCAGUGCCCAGGAAGCACAGGCUCAGUUACGAGGGCAGCUGAGGGAACAGAAGGCACGCUGCCGGCACCUGGCUCACUUAGCAGCCCCAGCCCAUCGCGAGCCUGAAAAGGAGGCCUUGGUCUCUGAGAGUGUGAGCAGUGGUGUGUCUGGGGAGAGUCACCAGGCCCUCCAGGCUGCCAUGGAGAAGCUGCAGAGCCGCUUCCUAGAGGUCAUGCAGGAGAAAGUGGAGCUCAAGGAGCGGGUAGAGGAACUGGAACAUCGCUGUAUCCAGCUCUCUGGAGAGACAGACACCAUAGGAGAGUACAUUGCCCUUUACCAAAACCAGAGGGCAGUGCUGAAGGCACGGCACCUGGAAAAGGAGGAGUAUAUCAGCCGGCUGGCCCAGGACAAGGAGGAGAUGAAGAUAAAGCUGCUGGAACUUCAGGAGCUGGUGUUGAGGCUUGUAAGUGAGCGGAAUGAGUGGCAGGGCAAGUUCCUGGCAGCAGCCCAGAGCCCUGCUGAUGUUCCUACCCCAGGGUCCUCCGGCCCCCAGGAACUUGGAGUUGCUGACCAGCAGGGUGAUUUUGGCGAGGUGAGCCUUGCUGACAAUGCAGAGCCUGCACAAGGAGAGGCUGCAGCGGCCUCUCUCCCCGAGAAUCCCACUGCCCAGCAGAUCAUGCAGCUGUUGCGUGAGAUCCAGAACCCCCAGGAGUGCCCAGGCUUGGGCAGCAACCCCUGCAUCCCUUUCUUCUACCGUGCCGACGAGAAUGAUGAAGUGAAGAUUAUGGUUGUCUGAAAGACGCAGCCAAAGGCUGUGUGUUACCCAGUCCCCCCCCAUUCCUGCCCAGUCUUCCUUUUAUCCUUACAGCAGUAAGAUCAGAUCCCUAAGGGGCUGGGGAUUUGGCUCAGUUGGUAGAGUGUCUGCCUAGCAUGCACAAAAGCCUGGACUUGAUCUCCAGUACCUCUUAAACCAGGCAUGGUUGGACACCCUGGCACUUGAGGGCUGAACAUGGAAGAGUCAGAAGCUAGCCAUCAUUGGCUAUAAAGUGAGUUGGAGGCCAUCCUGGACUACAUGAGACCUUGUUUUCAAAAAAAAAAAAAAAAUCCACUUUCCCUAAUAGAUCAGGCACCCCUGUCUUAAUGGAGAUAGAAACAGGUGCAGAUCUUUUCCUCUUUUGGCCAGGACUGAGUCUUCCUUUCUAGACUUAUGUUGGAGAAAGAGUGGAUGGCCUCUCUGGAGGGCCAGGGGCUCCUAGGUGGCUCCUUCACCAGGCAGCCCUUCCUGUCAAGGGUCUUGGUCCUUACUCAGGGCACUCUGGGGCAAAGCAACUAGGCAGCAUUUUCAUGGUUGUAGGGGAGGUACAACAGACUGACUAGUAAUCCUGCACUCAGCCAGGCUCUCCUUUUUUUCCUGUUCUCCUUGAGACAGUCUCAUGUACCCCAAGCUGGCUUUGAAGUCACUUCAUCUUGAACAUCUGAUUCUUCUGCCACCAUGCCUGGUUUUAAACGGUGCUAGCGACCACUUUGCCAACUAAGCUACUUCUGCGGCACCAGCUACUUUUUAAAAAACAACAACAAAAAAAAAAUUUUUUUUUUUUUUAAAUUUUGGUAAUGCUGGGUGUGGAACUCAGAGCCCCGCACAUCUCCAAACCAACUCCCAUCUUCUUAGAGGCACUUUAGGCCAGGGGGCUGGGCAGCAUUCUUGGGGGUCUCCAGGCACUUGGGGCUUACUGUGAGCCAGGGCAGUCGAAGUAGGCAGCCCACUUGGGGUCUCCCAUCUUAGAGGCACUUUGGGGCAGGGCAAGUGGGUGUCAUUUUCUCAGGCCUUAUGACAGUUGGGGAAGCUAGGCAAGGCAGAGGCUGCUGGGGGAGGGGUUCUCCUCCCCUGGUGUACAUAUUGUACCUGUGUACUAUUUUGUAUAUUCUGGGGUCGGGAUGCCCCCUGUAUCAUAGUGGAGGUUGGAACUGGCAGGUGGGAAGGAGGUUCUAAUAAUUAUUUGGGACUGGGAAACUUAUUUAUUUGGUAGCAUAGGACAGAGGAAAGGAGGCAGAGACAGGGUUGUGGCACCCUGCUGAUGCAGCUCCUGUUUAUUUUGCUUUUUACUUCAGAAUAAAUGGAUUUAGCCAUA